AUGACGCGACCCGACCCGUCACCGGUUUUGGCACGUCGCCCUCCCCCCGACGCCCCUCACGUCGCCCUCCCCCGGACUCCAUUCGCAGACGACGAGGACGGCGACGACAUUGACGGCGAAGGCUUCGCGUUCUCCCUCCCCGACAUCGACGCGCUCAUCGCCGGUCCCCUCCCGUCCCUCGGCCCCGACGAUCUCACCUUCAUCGCCACCAUCGACGACCUCGACAAGCUCCCAACCGCCACGCCCGCGUCGAGCGCCCCGCCGACGUCGCCGGGGGGGAUGCUGUCGUCGCCGAGGUCAUCGUUCCCCCCGGGCGCCUUUAGCUUCGCGACGAGCAGCCGCGCGGGGUGUCCCGACGGCGCCGCCGAGCGCGCGGGGUUGGCGCCUUGGGUACCGAGGUGGUCGGUUGACGAAUCCGUCCAUCCGGGCCGUCCCACCGGAGGCGUCCCCCCUCCCGCCGCCGCCGCCCGGCCGCCGCCCGACGCACAGGGUGUCCUCGACGACGAGCGCGGCGCCAUGCGCGCGGCGGUGCGCGCGAACCCGCGGUACCCGAAGCUCCUCGACGCGUACUUCGCGUGCCGCCGGGUGGGCGCGGACGCGACGUCCAAGGCGUCGCUCGCCCGACGCAGGCGACAGUUGCUGCGAGAAGCCACCGAGGUUUCCUGCGGGACGAUGCGAGCCGCGCUGGACGCGUGCGUGCGUCGGUACGGCGCCGAGCUCGACGAGUUCAUGGACAACGUCACCGACGAGCUCACCGCGUACGCCGAGGAGCUCGGCGCCUGUUUCGACGAGGUGGACGCGGCGUGUCGAGAGGCGGAGGCUCGCGUGGCGGCGACGGCGGCUAAAAAAUUGAACGCGUUGAACGUCUCCGCCAAAACCUCCAGACCCGUGUCGACGGCUGCCAAAAAGUCGGUAAAAGUAGAACCCAACGCGGAACGUGAAAGCGAUUCCGACACCGGCGGAAGCGACGAGGACGAGGCGUCCGCGUGGGUGCGCAGGCGCAGGCGCAAAGCCGCGAAGGAGUCCAAGAUCCCCGACACCCGCGAAGACGACCUGCGCAAGUCUCUGAAGCGCAAGUACGCCUCCUCCAUCCUCGCGCUCAAGGAUGAGUUUCUGAAGAAGACGAAGAAGGGAAAGCUGCCGUCCUCCGCGACGAAAACGUUGAAGGAGUGGUGGCUGGCCAACCUGCUGUGGCCUUACCCGAGCGAAGACGCGAAAAGAGCGUUGAUGAAACUCGCGGGCCUCAACCAGACGCAGAUCAACAACUGGUUCAUCAACCAGCGGAAGCGGCACUGGCACAGGCUGUUCGACCGCGACGAGGCGCAGCCAAUCAGCGAAACGGAGGCCCGGCACAUGAUCCUAGAGAAGUACGGAAACGUCGAGGCGUUCCUUGAGGUGGCCAGGGCGGCGUGA